UUGUUGUGCUGGUGUGCGAUAAAAAAUAGUUGAAACAUUAAAAACAAUAACAGUCGAACUAAAAACCAACAAAUUUAACCAACUGUGUCAAAUUCCUUGUGCUUUAUGCAAAUUGAAAUCAACCAAUUUGCAUGCUGCGAAUUCUGAAAAACAAAAAAGAAACAAUAAAGCCACUCAAGAUUUUGGCAUACAUCCGUUUUGAAUGAAGUCCUAAUACGAAUUACGCGUGUGAUUUAUUUUGUGUUUUUUUCUUUGUCGGUUUGAAUUUAAAACACAUAUUUGCAAAAUUUCAAUUUGAAUUUGAAUUUCGAAUCCAUUGACAGCGAUAUACAAAGACGGGCUCUUCUACAAAAGCAGAAACGUUCUUCAGACGCGCAACAUCCGUUCGGUGUGUUUUUUUAGGCGUCGCGCGGCAGGAGAAGCAGAAGAGGCGACAUGCGCAACAAGUGCAAUUGCCAAUGCAACCAUUAACAAUAACUUAGACAGAAAUAACGAGUGAAAGCUUUAAUAAAGAGAAAGGAGAGCGAAAGAGAGGAGAGAGAGAGAGAAGGAGAGAGAAAAAGCUAGUAACUGUACUCUCUUUACUAAACGAACGAGACAAUGCACGACUCUCUGGUGUUAGCCCAACCCUAAGCGAAGAGCGUGUGAAAUCCAUGCACGAUAACUAGUUGAAUAAAAUAGCUUCCCCCUCCUCGAGCCAUUACGAUUAACGCAACAGAGCGGCGAUAAAUUUCGAAUAGAACGAGUUUACAAUCAAGCGAUAAACUUAAACGACAGAUUUUUGGGCGCCAUGGCAAUGCUCGAGGCGCGGCCUUACAGGCCAUUCAAGUCCAGUGAAGAGUAUCUGGAGGCCAUGAAGGAAGAUCUCGCUGAAUGGCUGAGCACACUCUAUCCGGAGCUGAGCAUCAAUGCGGAGAACUUUAUGGAUCGUCUGGAUACGGGCGUUGCGCUCUGCAAGCACGCAAAUUAUGUGCGGCAAGCGGCAGAGGACUAUUUGGCCCGGCGACAGGCGCGCAACAAAUCAAUGACACGCUCAAUGACUUCCGGAUUGGCCGGACCGAUACUCGCCCUGGGCAAUGUGCAUUAUCUGCCCGCGGCGAAGAGCGGCACCUUCUUUGCCCGCGACAAUGUCUCCAACUUUAUAACCUGGUGCAGAAAGAGCCUUAAAAUCAUCGAGUGCCUAUUGUUCGAGACGGACGAUCUGAUCAUGCGCAAGAAUGAGAAGCAUGUGAUCCUCUGCCUGCUGGAGGUGGCCAGACGUGGCGCCAAGUUUGGCAUGCUGGCCCCGAUGCUGGUGCAAAUGGAGCGACAAAUCGAUCGCGAAAUCGCGGCCGAUAACAAGGCGAACGGCGUCAGCUGCGGCUGCGGCAUCGGCUGCGGCUGCGGCGUCGGCUGCGGCACACAAACGAAGAACGUCUGCUCGGAGAGCGGCACCCAAACGGAGGCGCCACCGAUCGGCUCAGAGUGUGCCGCCAUCGAAACGGAUCUCUAUGACAGCGAUACCGACAACGAGGACGACAACGACAAGGAUCCGAUGCUGAUGUACGGGCCACAGCCGCAGAUCAUAACGAAUGAUCUGAAGAGCCUCGACGAGAUGGUCAGAGAUUUGGUGGAGAAAUGCACAUGCCCCUCACAGUUUCCCAUGGUGCGCGUCUCCGAGGGCAAAUAUCGCAUUGGCGACACCAAAGUGCUCAUCUUUGUGCGGAUACUACGAUCGCAUGUGAUGGUACGCGUGGGCGGCGGCUGGGACACGCUCUCCCAUUACCUGGACAAACAUGAUCCUUGCCGGUGCCGUGCCCAGCAUCGCACCUCGAUCCAGGCACGUCUGAUGACCCGCAACACAGGCAAUUCCGGCAAUGGCAUUGAGCUGCACAAGGCCCAUGUGAUAUACGAACGCUCACCACCCGCAGCACGACGUGUUCUGUCAACGGCCGGAACUGGUUCCGGUUCCGGUUCCGGUUCCGGAGCAGUGUCGCCAGCCGCUGGAACAGCCGUCAGCAGCACGCCCAAUGCCAGUUUGUCGCCCAGCGCAGCCGCUGCCGCUGCCGCUGUCAAGCAUCGCAGUCGCAGUCCAACGCCGCAGCGCAAAUUCUUGAACCAGGUCAAUGGCAGCGCGGAGCCUGUGUCCGGCUCGCCGCGCCCGGCCAGGCGCUCGAUGUCGCCAAGCCAGCGUCGCCUGAACGAUGUGCGCAAGAAGCAGAGCUCGCUGGACUCCUACAAGACGCCGCCCGUCCAGGCCAGCGCCGAGAACAACCUGGAGGAGAUCUGCGGCGGCGGCGGCGUUGCCACAUCGGCGGCCACAUCGGGAGCCACAUCGGCGGCCACAUCGGGAGUUGCCGGACAGCCGGAGCAGAGCAGCAAGUUUGAGAAUAUCAGCGACAAUGGCAGCGAGAUCAGCGACGAGGGCUACCGCAGCCUGGGCGUCAUCCAGUCGAAUGCACAGAAGCGCGAGUCCCUGCACAGUCAGGCCUCCAUGGAGGACGCUGAAACGAAUGCGCGUCUCGAUCAAACGUCCAGCGACUCGCAGAUCUCCCCGACAGAUGAGCACGAGGCGGAGCCCGAAGCGGAGCCGGAGCCGGAGAUCAAGUCCAAUUGCGUGACCGAGGAGGAGCCGGAGUAUGCGCUCUGCGAGCUGGACGGACCCCAGUCGCUGCCCGCUGUGCUGGCCCUGCCCAAGCAGCCCAAGGCCGUCUAUGAGGGGCAUGGCCACAAGUUCGAGCAGUCCGGCGUUUACAUAACGGACGAUGAGAUAACGGUGACCAGCUCGCCGCUUCCAGAGGCGGACAACAAGAUGGCCUCACAAUUGUUGGCAUCGCCCCCGCCCCCGGCCCCGGCCACGUUGGGCAGCAAGAUACCGCGCUCCCCGCUGGCGCAGCGACGCCGCCGACGCAGCAUCGACAACAGCACCUGCAGCGGCAAUGCCGGCGGCAGUCUUCAGGAUCUGAGCACGCGUUCCACGGCGCUCACUUUCAAUCGCAAGCAGCCCGUCUAUCGUUCGGUGCGCCGGCCCCCACAGGCUCAGGUGCAGGCUCAGGUGCAGGCGGCACGGCCCAAGGCGUCGCAGCUGCCGCUGGUGCGGGAUGUGACCAACACGUGGAGCGGACGCAGCGCUGCCACGCUUAACGGCGCCGCCAAGAAGCGGCCCACGAUCAGUGCGGAGACAUUUGCGGCACCGCCACCGCCACCGCCAGCAGCCUCCGGCUCUGCAUCCACGUCGCCAUCGCCAUCGCCGUUCGAGCGCGGCAUCAAGACGCGCUCCUCGCAGAUACUUUACGAUAGCAAUGGGCGGCGCGUGCGGAGCGGCUGCAGCAGCUCGCUGACCACGUCGCCGGUAAAGAAUCACGCCUCCUCGCCGCUUGCGCAGCAGCUGCUCGAGGCGGCCAGCAGCGCCAAGAACGAUGCACAGAUUCUCGAGAAGAUGAAGACCCUGCUAUCGCGCUAUGCAGCCGGCAAUCAGCAGCAGCAGCAGCAGCGGCCGGGCAACAGCUGUGUUAACAAUGGCAAGAGGACGCCCGUCUAUGAGGACUUCACCACGGCGUGGGUGCACAGCAAUGGCAAUCUGGAGCGCUCCGAGAGCUGCUCACCGCCGGCAAAGGCGCGCUCCAAGCGCAGCUCGGCUGCCUCCUCCUGUGGCAGCAACAAUUCGCGUGAUAUGACGGCCGCUGGACCGGCGGCAGCUGGAGCGGUUGUGUCGCCGCGACGGGAGCGCGGCAUGUCCAAAAUUCCAGCGCCAGUGCGUCAUCAUACGGAGCUCUAUUAACGGCGCGCGCGGACGCCUAGCGUCCGGCCAAGGGGCAUGCCCAGGACAAGACCACAGUCGGCGGCCAAUAUGUAGCUCCAUAGCUUCCAUGUGGGGGAUGUGUGUAUGUGAAUCGGUUUGAAUCGGUUUGAAUCGGUUGGCAUACAAAUCGGGCUUAGACCUCUUAGGUUAAUGUUAGGGCCAAGCUGGAAUUGUCCGUCUGUUUGGUUUUGGGGGCGUGUCCGGCCAAAUUGAAGCGAAUGGAACCGUUCCAAAAGACCUCAAUACACAUAUGCAAAUGAAACAUACUCGUCUAUACGAAACGUUAAUCGAUAAUAAUUAUAGUAAUUAUAAUAAUAAUAAUAAUAAUAAGAAGAAGAAGUUAAAACUAUAACUGCCUCAUUAGAUACCCAGUUUCAGCUGAUCCAUUCACCAGUCCGAGCACCAGACGCCAAUCGCCAAUCGCCAAUUCCCAAGUCUUAGCGUUUCGUAACCCAAUUGCUACUCGUCACUGUCACUCGUUGCUUUUGAACGAGCGAGCGGUUUACAGCUGUUGCGAAACCAACUGGGCUUCAACCUAAUACAUCUACUCGCUUCACAUGGGCUCUCACUCGUUGCUCGUUAGUUGUCAAAGAAAGACUGUUCUUGCAUUUCACAACUGUUUCAAGUACAGCUUGCCCCCAACUCAUUAACAUUCGCUCGUUUAUCGAGUAUCCCUCUCGUUACUUUCGAUCCAAUGAGUGUCGGUGAUAUCCACGCGGAAAUAUGUCGUGCGAUCGUUGCGGUCGUUGCUUGGCUAUACGACCUAUCUUACUCGCUGCUGCCACUCAUUACUCGUUACUUUUCAUCAAGCGAUUGUUUUUGCGUUUCGCAAACGAACUAAUCCCCAACACAAUACUUCUACACGCUAGCUUAGCGAAUAGCUUACUCGCUACUCGCUACUUUUGAUCGAGCGAGUGCUUGACAGCUACUCCGAGUAGAGCUAGCACCCGAUUGACAAUACGUUGCAUCUUACUCGCUGCUAUCCACUCGUUACUUUCAUCGAGCGAUUGUUCUGGACUGCGUGCCAUGUGAUUGGCAGAGAACCAACCAUUUACAAUCCAAAUUGAGACUUUCAACUACAAUUUUAACGUUUCUUCGACUUACUAAUCUAUUUUUUUUUUUUUUUCUGAAGAAUAGGAUAUUAAAAUAAGUGAACGAUUUUCGGCAUACAACAUUUGAAGGGAUACUUAUGCAUUGCUCUCGUGAUAGAUCUUAGACGCAAACCACAUAGAAAGCGCAUUAUUUUCUAGAAGUUUUACGAUUACUGCACGCACACACACACACACACACACACACACACACACACACACACACACACACACACACACACAGAGAGACACACGAGAACAUUUUGUAUAUAGACCAAAAAGGAAUAAAAGUGAAAAUACGCCUAAAUAGUUGGGCUUAUUAAAAUAUAUAUAAAUAGUAUAUGAUAAAAGUAUCGCAUUAUAGCUGAUUGUUGUGCUUGUGUGUCCGUGUGUGUGUGUGAUUGUGUGUAUGUAUGUGUUUAUGUGUGUGCGUGCUUAAAUUUUUUCCAGCAUAGUCUUAGAAAGAAAAAGGAAGAUUUAUUUUUAUAUGCAAGCAAAAGCCAUCAAUGUGAAAACAUAAAAUCAAGGAAUAAGGGAAAAGCUUUUAACAAAAAUUGUACACAAGAUACGAGAUGCGAUAUGAUAAGAGAUGGAAAUACAAAUAGAUAAAAGAUAUAUGCAACUAUAUAUUCGUAUCCAGAAAUGUAGUUAGGAUUGUUUGAGCAACCAAACAGAGCGAAUGAAAAUAUAUAUAAACUAAACGAAUUUUGGUGCUUUACCAAAGCUAAUUUCAAUAUACUCAUCCCCCUCUAACCCCCCCCCCCCCCUCUCUCUCUGACACAACGAUCCAACUAUAUCUAUAAAGUAAAGAGCCAUAAACUGAACAGCGGUCACAAAUGUUCGAAUGUUAAGUAAUUCGUCUAAUUAAUAAACUAAUUAAUACUCCAAAUAUCACACAUAAUAACACAUAACUACACAUAUUGAGCCCCAAAACUUAUUAACUAUAUAUAUAUAUAUAUAGAUACUUGCUGAAAUGUUUACCCAGAUAUCAUUUAAUACAAUAUAUUAGCCUAAUUUUCUGCACCCGCUGCAGAGCCAAAUAUAUAUUAACGAUAUAUAUUCGACUUAAUUAAUAGGUUUUUUUUUUUUGUUUGAUAUAAUUGUUUUUUGCUUUUUACGAUAGCAAAGUUAACAUACUUAGUACGCCGUACCUUUAAAAAGCAGUAUGCAUAUAAGUACUAUAUAUAUAGAUAUACACAUAUAUAAAAAGAUCCCUUGUUUAUGAAUACGUUUAAAUCGGCCUUAAUAUGCAAUCUGUUCGAUGUUUAUUGUAAUAUAUGAUUUCAAGUUGAGUUUCUGUUCAGUUUUGUAACGUAAACAAGAAUGUAUAUCAAACGAGGGGCAAGAAACAUAUUACUAAAUGCCCCAUUUAAAACAUAUAUGUAUUCUCUGCUAUAUCUGCGGGCCUCAGCUCCUAACUAGUAACUAUAUAAACAAAAAGGCAGAUAGAACUUGUAGAUCAAAUCGAAACAAUAACACUUUUGUGUUGAAUGUAAUUU